AUGCACCCGCUCGCGGCAGCCAUCACCGGCGUGCGCUCCUCGCUCGUCUCCAUGACCACCGGCCGGGCGUCCGGCCGUCCGCCGAGGGCGGAGGCUACAUCCCCAGAAGGUACCAUCGUGGUCUCCUGCCAUCCACACCCUGCCCGUCGCAAGAACGCCUCCUGCUGCUCGCCGUGGCUCGCAGGAGCGCCGCUCCGUGCCAGCCUUGGCAGCAGCCACGGGAAUGGGAUGCUCGUGGGCGACGCGCCGUGCCGGAGGAUCCCAUAUGCUGCACAAGAUCGCAGCAGCCACAAACAGCCUUCCUUGCUUGCUUUGUCAACAAGCAGCUGGUCAGCUCAUCAGACAUCAGCUCAUGCCGGCGCGCCGGGGGGCUCCUGGGACCUCCGGACCAACCUCACGGCCUGGGCGUCCUCCAUCGCCUUCCGCCCGGGCGACCAGCUCGUGUUCAGCUACGACGCGUCGGCGCACGACGUGGUGGAGGUGACCCGGGACGGGUACCUCUCCUGCUCGGUGCAGCGCCCCGUCUCGGCCGCGCGGAUGACCGGCAGCGAAACGAUCAGGCUCGACGGCGCCGGGGAGCGCUACUUCAUCUGCGGCGCGCCGGGGCACUGCGCCGCCGGGAUGAAGCUGCGGGUCCGGGUCAGCGGCGACGCCGCGUGCGCCGGGACGUCGCCGCCGCCGUCGCCGCCCGGCGCGCCGUCGCGCUUCACAAUCUGCUACGGCAGCCCGCCGCCGAACACCACGUUCAACGUUGCCCCUCGCGUUAAGCCCGCCGGCGCCAGCGCAGCCCCGGGGUCUUCGGCCAGCCUCAGCUCUGUGGCUGUCACCGUGGUGUCGCUGCUUCUUGUUGGCCUCGUCAUUGUCUUGUCUAGCUGA